AUGGCGGCGUUCGCGCGGCGCAAGGCGCAGCGGCUCGCGCGGCCCGACCCUAGCCGGAAGCGCGCGCUGGACGCGCGCGCCGCGGAGCUCGCGCGGCUCCUGAACGCGCACGAGCGGUUCUGCACCACCAGCUCGUGCGACGGGAGGGUCCUGCUGGCGGACACGGACGGCGGCGGGAUCCAGAAGAAGAACUGCACGUGGCUCCUAGUAACACAUGACCCCUGUGCCAAAGGCGAUGUGAUGACAGCACUAGAGAAGUCCACUGGAGACGUUGUGUUCAAGUUUGAACCAUUUGUUCUUCACGUGCUGUGUCGGGAGCUGCAGGAUGCACAGCUGCUGCAUUCAGUGGCUGUUGAUUCUGGAUUCAGGAACUCUGGUAUUACGGUUGGCAGAGGAGGAAAAAUUACGAUGGCUGUCCGAAGCACUCACUGCUUAGAAGUUCCAUUGAGCCACAAGGGGAGAUUGAUGGUCUCUGACGAAUAUAUUGAAUUUCUGGUACAUGUAGCCAAUCAGAAAAUGGAAGAAAACAUAAGGAGGAUUGAGAGAUUCCACAAGGGCUUGGAGUUGGCUCUGGAGGCUGCUGUCCCUACAGACACCUUGGCUCCCAAGGGGCCAGAGAAGAGCCGCUCUGUGUAUGUGCACAGGAGAAAGAGACGGACCAUUCGGGAACAGGCCAAUCCCAGUGGAGAGCUGGAGCCCCAGGAUGAUACUGAAAGCAGUCUGGAUCUGUUUGCCGAAAUCAUGAUAUAGACUAAGGCAUUCGAAAGCAAAUGGCAAACUGACUGUAUGCUCUUUGUAAGAGGUUUAUAUACUGUUGUGCUCUCAGUAGUAACACUCCCAUGGACAUUGACCAGAAAAAAGGUAAUUAACAGAAUGGUGAGCAGGUGUAAUGCUACCAGGCACAGAGAACAAAGCCCUAGAAUGUGUUGGGGUUUUUUUAACUGUAGUGUUGAAUUAACAGACUUCUACUCCAUCUGCCAGUUAUCCCAGAAAUAACAGGUUUGCUGCAGCCUUUGGCCAUGUUCUCUGUGGCAGCGUUUCACUUCCAACUUUGUUUUUGCAGAGCAGAGAAACUCUAAAAACUGAGUUGUUUUCCCCAAAGGUUGUUACUCCCUGCAGGACCUCUGCAGAGCAGCAUGCACCAGCAUGGCUGGCCCUUCCUGGCAGCUGUUAGUCACCUGCAGAGCAUACCUGGGGCAGAGCUUAGGACAGAAAAGCACGAGCUGGGUACUGCUCUGUACCAGCCUCAGCCGGGUGCAUCCAGAUCCCUCCGGGCUGCUGCUGUUUCCCUGCUCUUUGCUGUGUCUCGGGCUCCAGCCCUACUGUGUGCACUCCAAUUCCCAUAACCACUGGCCACUCAGUACCAUUUUUCCUUGCCCCUUUAGCCAGCUCUGUGUGCUGAUGGCCCCUUCUCCUCACAGAGCCCCUGCACUCUGCAGCCAGCACCCGGCCAAAGUCACCCCAAGGGCUGGGCUGGGCUGAGCUGAGAACCACUGACUACAGGAACUGUUAUAUACAAACAGUGCAGCACUGUGUGCAUUCCUUGUUGUGCCACUGGUAAAGAUACUCCAUGCUCGUGUAUUUUUUAGAAAAAUGCUGAAUUUGUAAACCUUC